AUGACCACUGAGCUGGUUGCCCACAUGCGACUAUCACACUACAAAACCCUCUGGCGGACUCUCUACGGCUGCGCACAUGGUUUUGGAGAGCGCAAGCUGAAGCUCAACCUGACCUGCGGCCAGUCCGGCUUCGUUAUCGAGAUGCCCGUCGUUUGUCAUUACGAAGAAAACAUACCAACCCUCUCCACUCAGGGCGUGUCAAAGUCAGAGUGGUCGAAACUUUGCAAUUUCGUCUCGGACGAGAGUGUCCUGAAGGUGAUCUUUUUCGAUCGCGCCCACGACUUCCUCGCCAGAGUCACCUCGGUGGGCGCGAAGCCGCCUAAAGCCGACCUUUAUCAAGUCAAGUUCCGCUGGCGGGAAGAUGACGAAAUUGCUCUUGUCUGGAGGAAGGGCAUCCAGUGGAUCAGCGAGAUGCUCGAAUGA